UCAUGCUGCAGAGUUCUAGUUCAAACUGCAGGGUAGGACUGCUGUGUUUUUGCUGAGAUAGGUGGAGUGCUGUCUGAAGUCGCUUUUGACAGUGAAAGUCCCGUUUGAUUUUGAAAACCUUAAGCGUCCCUCUAGCUGACUGAUCAUACCCCGGGCUGGGACAUAAAGGCAGGAGUAGCGCCACGAUGGAGACCUUCACUUCGAGCGGGGGCGAGAACGAGAACCCGGCUUAUGAAACUGUGGGGGACGAGCCCCCACCUUAUGAGACGCCCUUCUCCGGGAGCGAGCACAGGGAGGUCAGGCCGUCGGUGGUCAGCGCCUUCGGCCACAACACUCUGGACCGCGCGCCGCGGAUCGAGCACUAUCGCAACGUGGGAAGCGUCAGCGGUCACCGUGCGGUCAGGCCCUCCCUGCAGGAGCUGCACGAUGUUUUCCAGAAGAAUGAUGGCAUGGACACCAUGGACAGAAUAGAAGGGAGUGACAGGACACCUUCUGAAGACAUGGAGUCCUUCUCUCCCCCAGAAAAAAGCGGAGGGGUCAGAUUUGGCUGGAUCAAGGGCGUGCUGGUGAGAUGCAUGCUGAACAUCUGGGGAGUGAUGCUGUUCAUCCGUCUCUCCUGGGUGUUCGGUCAAGCUGGUGUCGGUCUAGGAACUGUGGUUAUCAUCUUGAGCACGGUGGUCACCACCAUCACUGGGCUGUCAAUGUCUGCUAUCUGUACCAAUGGAGUGGUCAGAGGAGGGGGGGCGUACUACUUGAUCUCCCGCAGUCUUGGACCCGAGUUCGGUGGCUCCAUUGGCCUGAUCUUCGCCUUUGCCAACGCAGUAGCUGUGGCCAUGUAUGUGGUGGGGUUUGCUGAGACAGUUGUGGACCUUCUCAAGGAGCACAAUGCCAUCAUGGUGGAUAUGGUGAAUGACAUCAGGAUCGUGGGCUGCAUCACAGUGGUGCUGCUCCUGGGGAUAUCGGUGGCUGGUAUGGAGUGGGAAGCCAAGGCUCAGCUUGUCCUGCUGGCCAUCCUCCUGGUUGCCAUUGUCAACGUAUUCGUGGGAACCUUCAUCCCUGCCACAGAGACCAAGAAAUCCCAGGGUUUCUUCAAUUACCAGUUGUCUAUAUUUUCUGAAAACUUGGGGCCUAACUUUCGGGAUGGAGAGUCGUUCUUCUCGGUGUUCGCCAUCUUCUUCCCUGCUGCCACAGGCAUUCUGGCUGGCGCCAACAUCUCUGGGGAUCUGAAGGAUGCCCAGUCCGCCAUCCCUAAAGGAACCCUGCUGGCCAUCGUAAUCACAGGAGUGACCUACCUGGCUGUGGCGCUGUGUGUGACUGCCACCGUGGUGCGUGAUGCCACUGGAAACAUCAAUGACACCAUCGCGGCAGGUUUCGCCUGCAACGGCUCAGCCGCAUGCGACCUUGGUUACGACUUCUCCUCCUGCGCAAUUGAAAAAUGCAAAUAUGGCCUCAUGAACAACUUCCAGGUCAUGACAAUGGUAUCUGGGUUCGGGCCACUGAUUAUAGCUGGAACAUUCUCUGCCACACUGUCCUCAGCCUUGGCCUCUCUCGUUAGUGCACCCAAAGUCUUUCAGGCACUGUGCAAAGACAACGUCUACAAGGGACUGCACUUCUUCGCCAAGGGGCAUGGCAAAAACAAUGAGCCAAUCCGCGGUUACAUCCUGACCUUCAUCAUUGCUGUGGCCUUCAUUCUUAUAGCGCAACUCAACGUGAUUGCUCCCAUCAUUUCCAACUUCUUCCUGGCAUCCUAUGCCCUCAUCAACUUCUCCUGUUUCCAUGCCUCCUACGCAAAAUCACCAGGAUGGAGACCUGGAUACAAAUACUAUAACAUGUGGCUAUCUCUGUUUGGAGCCCUGCUGUGCUGUGCCGUGAUGUUCGUCAUCAACUGGUGGGCAGCUCUCAUCACGUAUGCCCUGGAGAUCUUCCUCUAUGUCUAUGUUACCGUGAAGAAGCCAGAUGUAAACUGGGGGUCUUCCACCCAAGCUGUGACAUUCAUCAACGCCGUGAACAACACACUGACUUUGAGUGGAGUGGAUGACCAUGUUAAAAACUUCAGGCCCCAGUGCUUGGUGCUGACCAGUUCCCCCAAGACCAGACCGGCAUUGCUUGACAUCGCCCACUCCUUCACCAAAAACUAUGGGCUGUGUCUGACCUGCGAGGUUUUUGUGGGGCCUAUAAAUGAGAACAUCAUGGAGAUGAAUGGCAGCAUAGAGAAGCACCAGAUGUGGCUCAACAAGAAGAAGCGUAAAGCAUUCUUUACGGCAGUGGCCAGCGAGAACUUCAGGGACGGGGUGGGCAGCCUCUUGCAGGCCUCAGGCCUUGGUCGACUGAAGCCAAACACGUUGGUGCUCGGAUUCAAGAAAAACUGGAUGAAAGCCAAAGUGGUGGAUGUUCAGAACUAUGUUGGUGUUUUGCAUGAUGCAUUCGACUUUGAGUACGGCGCAGUGAUACUCAGGAUUGCCGAGGGACUGGAUGUCUCUCACUUCGUCCAUGCCCAAGAGGAACUGGAGAGGCUGACAAUGGAGCAGUUUGCUCUGGAGAAUGAGGACGGUGGCAAAAAAGGGGUGUUCAAGAGGUCCAGAAAACCAUCCAAGCAAGUGCUCACCAGAGUAUCUGUCAAUGUACCCCAAUCUGCCGCGGAGGUAAAGAUGAGCCAGCGGCUGCAGGAGGCCAGCAUUCAGUUCCAGAAGAAACAGGGCAAAGGCACUAUCGAUGUGUGGUGGCUCUUUGAUGACGGAGGUCUGACUCUCCUGAUACCCUACAUCCUGACCACACGGAAGAAGUGGAAGGAUUGCAAGAUGAGGAUCUUCAUCGCGGGCGAACCUGGCCGUGCUGAACAAGACAAAGCAGACAUUAAGUCCCUUUUGGAGAAAUUCCGGAUCAAAUGUGUGGACAUCAAUGUCAUCGAUGACCUGAACAGUAAACCCAGUGCACAGAACUGGACAGCCUUCAAGAACAUGAUCGAGCCUUUCUGCCUCCAUGAGGAGGAUAAAGAUGAGGCCGACACGCUGAGGAAAGAGAACCCCUGGAAGAUCACUGACACAGAGCUGGAAACGUUCGCAGAAAAGACAACUCUUCAAGUCCGACUCAAUGAACUUCUGCAGGAGAACUCAAAAUCUGCCAACCUUAUCAUUGUGAGUAUGCCCAUUGCUCGAAAAGAAUCCGUCUCUGACCAUCUCUACAUGGCCUGGCUGGAUGUCCUCACGAAGAACCUUCCACCCACCUUGCUCAUUCGAGGCAACCAAAAGAGCGUGCUGACAUUCUACUCCUGAGUGACACGCCUAACCAAGCACAACCUCACCAGGAACCUCAACGUGACAGACGUGUCUAUGGAACUCAAAUGCACAAAAGCAGCUCUCACACUGCCCUCUUGUGGAUAAGAACAUUUCGUACAAUGAAACUUUGCUCUUAGGUUCCAACAAAUAUGCAAUGUAACUAUUUUUAAAAGGCACAAAUGUACAGCUAUAAAUGUAUAAUAGCUUCAGAUCUAGCAAACCAAUCCAAUUUUCAUAGCCGGGAUCCAGGAGUAUUAUUAUAUGUGUGUUGAUGUCCGCUGAAAUACUUGUAUGAAAGGGACUGGGAAGUAGGCUAACCAAUUUUAUAUUUUUUUGUAUAUAUGACACUCAGCACGUCUUGUUUUGAAAAUUGUAUUUAUGCGUAUAGUUUAAAUUAACAUAUGUCAAAGUUAUAAGCUUUUGCAAAGGCAUGCAUUGCAGUUAUAAUUUUCCACCUUAUUUUAAUAUGAAUCUUUCACGUACUGCAAAACUGAAUGCAAUUUUGAAUGUAAUUUUGUAUGGUUUCAAUAAAAGAAUGUUCAAUUUUC